AUGGGGCCGGUGGGGACGGCGGCCGUGCGGGACCCCGGCGGCGCCGUGCUGCCCCGCGGCUUCUGGGCGGCCGUGCGCGUGUGGCUGGAGAAGCCGCAGGUGGCCAACAGGAGACUGAGCGGCGCCGCUGUCCAGGCGGAGGGGACGGUGCCGCUCGGCGAGGGCGGGGAGAUAUCGCCCUCCAUCAUCACUGCGGGGGCAAGCGGGGGCGACGGCGGGCAGGAGGGGCGAACGGCGGGGGCCGCGGAGCUGGGCCGGCUCUGGAGGGAGGUGCGGGGCCAGCUGGCUCUGCCGCCGCUCCUCGUGGCCUGGGGCGGGCCCGGCGAGCUCCGCGCCGUGCUGAGGACGCUGCUGCCCCGGGGCCGCCCCGCCGCGCCCCCGGCCCGGGAGCUGGCGGUGCAAGAUGUUUACAAUGGAACUGUGACCUUUCUGCCUUUGGAGGAAAACAGUGAAGGAAAAUACCUCGUUAAAAAGUGCAAUAUUUAUCAAAUUCAACUUAAACACAUAAAAGAUGAGGAAUGGUCUGUAUCUGUUGUAGCUCCAUUUCCAGAAGAUUGGUUUUCAGAUGGAAUUGUGUACCCCAAACUAGCAUGGCUUGGAAAUGAACUUUUGUCCAAACUGGCUAAAUGGUCUGUGGAGCAAAAACCUAGUGAGUUUAAAAGUACACUCUCCCUCAUUUCAGUAGCAAAAUACAGCAAGGUUUAUCAGGACCUCAAAGAAAAGUACAAAGAGAUGGUAAAGGUGUGGCCUGAAGUGACAGAUCCUGAGAAAUUUGUCUAUGAAGAUGUUGCCAUUGCCACUUACUUGCUGAUUCUUUGGGAAGAAGAGAGAAAAGAAAAAGGGUUGACCAAGAAGCAGUCAUUUGUAGAUCUUGGAUGUGGAAAUGGUUUGCUGGUUCAUAUUUUAAACAAUGAAGGGCAUCCAGGAAGAGGAAUUGAUGUGAGGAGAAGAAAAAUAUGGGACAUGUAUGGACAAGGGACGCAUUUAGAGGAAGCUACAAUCAUUCCAGGUGACAGUCAUCUCUUUCCAGACACUGACUGGCUCAUAGGAAACCAUUCAGAUGAAUUAACACCGUGGAUACCUGUAAUUGCAGCUAGGUCUUCCUAUUCAUGUUGUUACUUUGUGCUGCCAUGCUGCUUCUUUGAUUUCCAUGGAAAAUACAGCCGAAGACAAUGCAAGAAAACUCAGUACAGAGAAUAUCUUGAUUUUGUUGCCCAAGUGGGAUUUGUAUGUGGCUUUCAUGUGGAAGAAGAUUGCCUUAGAAUUCCAUCAACAAAAAGGGUCAGUUUUGUAGGGAAAAGCAGGACCUAUCCAGCUGCAGAACGUGCUCUGAUUGACGAGCAGAUAACACAGUUUAUUAACAGUCGUCGGACCUGUGCUGUGGCCACGUGUGACAGAAGGCUUGGAUUUAACCAUGAGCAUCAUUCUGGUGGUCUGUGCAAAGAAGCAGGCUCAGAACCUCCUGAAGAUGAGACUGAGACAGCUGGUACAAUUUGGAUGCCUGGAUUUCAACCCAGAGAAAAAGUGGAACAAGUCAGAAAUUGUGCUUCCCUCCCUCGGGACUUUGUAGAUGAAGUGGUUCUCAAUGUGGCAAACUUGCUGUUAAAUGCAGCCCCCCAGAAAUCAUGUUCUGAUAAGCAGGGUGGAAAUAUGAAUGCCUGGAAUCAAGGAGAAAGCCUUUCCUUGAGAGAAGUGGCAGAACACUUGGAUAAAAAGAUUUUAAAAAAGCUGAAAAGUGAAUAUGGAGGCCUGCAGACGCUACUCAAGAACAAUCAUCAAGUAUUUGAAGUUCUGAAUGGGAGAGUUCAUAUUCGUGACUGGAGGAAAGAGAAACCACCAAGUAAAACUAAACCUGAAGUGAAGCGGCGCCUUUCAGCUGAAGCAUUUAAAACACGCCUCUGUUGGUUUUUCAUUCAUCAUCCUGAUGGUUGUUCUUUACCUUCUGAAGCUUGCCCAUAUGCCCAUGGGACUGAGGAGCUAAGGCAGUCUCAGAUGAUUAAGAAGAAAAAACAUAUACAGUAAUAAAAUGUUGCAACUUGUGUUUAGAUUUAUGUACAUAAGAGAAUCUAUGAUUGACUUUGGGACUGCCUAGUGUGUAAACAUCUGUACAAUAUGGAGGGAUUUUCCUCAUUUCUGUGCAUCUUAUUUUGCAGUUGGUUUACAAGUUCUCCUGUAUUUCUAAUUCUUUAUUUUUUUAUUAACAGCUAAUAGGUAUAGUAAAGUACAUAUAUAUUUUGGGAUAUACAGCUUGUCUAGCUUGCAUUUAUAUAAGUAGAAAAGUUUAAAAACUUAAUUUCCUGGGAAACUCCUCAUGAUCCUUAAUCAGAUCAAAAGUACAUGAUGCAGCAUUUUCAAGCCCUGAAAAUUAGCCUGUUUUGUUCCACAUUUUCAAAGAGUCUUAGAGAAACUUCUCUGUCCAGGUGCCAUCCAGGUGCCACUCUGGCAGCCACACCUGCAGCACCUGAGCUGGGGCUGAAGCCCCUUCACAGCAGGCAGCUCCAGUGAGCCCAGAGUUGUCCUGCUUGUCUCCCUACAUCCCCCACACUCACACAGUCAGACAAGGUUCCUUUACUCCCUGGCCCCAGGAUUCCCAUGGCACAGGUCUCAAUCCUUAAAGUAAUUUAAACUUUGUGCAACAACAAAACGGUUCAAGCUGCUGCCUCUGAUGAGGGACUUUAUACAAAGGAACUCCUGGGUUUUUAUACCCUCACAGGCUCAGCACACAAAGUCUGGGGAUCCUCAGCUCCUGCCUCAUCUCUGAGUGUCCAAUGCUGCCACAGUUCCCCAGGCCCUUUCCUAUGUGAAGGGUGGCAUUUCUCAGCCUCUUGCCUGGGGCUCCCACCACUCAGAGCUCAGCCUGCAGUUCACACUGCAGCUGCUCACCUUGCUACCUGCACUGAAUGUGUUCCUCAACAGGAGGAUUUCUGGUUUCUUAUAAUUCAAAGUGGCUCUUGGGAGCCUUGGAAUCAGAAAUGAGAGAGAUUUCACUCUUUCAUGGCUUGAUAGCUUCCUUUCCAAAUUACUAUGCAGUAAUAAUAUAGAAUACCCUUCAUAGUCCUUUCCUUGCAUUUUAUUUUGAUUCAAAGUAAUUGGUUUGCAAGAAGAAUUUUCUGGGAAAUUACUGUGGAAGCCUUCAGAUGUAGGUGUAGGUUAUUAAGGUUUUGUAGGCCACACUGUCAUAGAUGCAAAGAAAGAGUUGUGUUGUAAGCAACCUUAAAGAUCAUCUACUCCCCUGCCAUGGGCAGGAAUAUCUUUCACAGAUUCCUCAAAGCCUCAUCCAACCUGGCCUUUACUUAUUUUCAAAGUAAGGAGUAAAAGUAGAAAAUCUGUUUAAUAAUAUUAGGAUGAUGAGGUUUCUGUGUAUCAGAUAUCAAAGGAAUGCUUAGCACCUUGAGCAACUUUUAGCAGCUUUGGUAGAAUAUGUUCUUUAAAAGGUUUAACUUUUAAAUGCACAUCCUAAGAAGAAUACUGAAGCUGAUGAAGGGUGUAGAGAAUACGUCCUGUGAGGGGCAACUCAGAAACUGAGGCUUGUUAGCCUGGUGAAAAAGAAGCUCAGAGAGCUCUUAUUAGUCUCUACAGCCUGAAAGGAGGUUGUAGCCAAGUAGGGAUCAUAGUCCCAAGUAACAAGUGACAGCUUGAAAGAAAAUUACUUCAAUUUGUGCCAGGGGAGGUUUAGAUUGGAUAUGAGGAAAAACCAAAGAACUUGUCAAGCAUUGCAACAGGCUACCCAGGGAAAGGGUGGAAUCACUCUACCACACCUGGAGGUGUUUAAAGACAUGUAGGUGUGGCAUUUAGGGACAGGGUGGUGAACUGACAGUGCUGGGUAAAUGCUUGGAGUCAAUUACCUUAGAGAUCUUUCCCAAUUCUAUGAUUCUAUCAAUUUACCAGUGAACCUAAUUACGACUCAGUGGCAGUCAUUGAACUGGUGUCAUAGCUCAUACCUGUUAAGUACUUGUAAAGUUCAAUAUGUGCUGUACAAGUUGUGACAAGGACUUGUGUUCUGGCCCAGUUGGUACAGUGAUAGUGUGGAAACUCAUCUGAUCUACUGAGACGACUUUGAUUGCAAAAACCUACUGAAGAAAUGCAAGAUGAAGGUUACAGAAGAAAGUUGCUAAAGAAGAAAUGUGGACGUGGGUGCAAUGACACAGAAAGUGAGUGCAGUGAGAUCUAGGGGUAAGAGUGAAUAAGCCAUGUGAGGACUCUGUAAGAGCUCAGGGAAUCUGGACAAGAAAGGAAGGAAACAACUGAAUACAAAGCAGAGGAAAAAUGAAAAAUUACACCAUAAACACUUUUCAAAACAGUUCCAUGGACCCUAACUUCAAGCAGCAGGGUGCACUCCAUGGCAUGAAGAUGAAACAGGCUCCAAAUCUCUUGGCAGGAUAGGACCAAAGAACUGACUGAAGUGCUGCAUAUUAUCCUUUUUUCCUUUGCAUUUUUCCUCUGAUCUUGAAAGAAGCAGCACUUGAUAGAUCACAAUGACCCUGAUAACUGCAGCAGCAUCUUGCUGAUGGAUCAUGUACCACGUUAUCCAAUAUGCUAAGUACUACAGGUAGCUGUCCUACCACUGCCAGGAGCUGUGGUGGGCUCUGAGCCUUUCCCAUAGCUCUGGUUUGCAGUGAUGUGUUGGGUAUCACAUCCUCAGUUCAGCUCUUAUCAGUGCUGUGUUACAGACAGUACGGAAUUUGUGCCUUUCAGGAAAAAAGAAGUACCCCGAGGUGAAUUACCUAAAGGAGCACACUGAAUGCUGUUCAGUGAAGAUUAUUGGACUAAGGGAAAGAAUAGAAUAACUCAGGGAAACUGCAACUGCCAUGAAACAGGGCAGCACAGAAAGGGAACACAACUGAUAAAGUAGUUACUGUUGUAAGAAUCAGAAAAGGUUUUUGUCUAUUGAGAGGGAAAGAGUUGAGAAAAGAGAGGAAAUUGUGUGAACUUGAGUGUGAUCAAAGGAUGAGGUUGCCUGAGUUAGCCUUUGUUUGGCUAUGUGCAGAGUAAGAAGAAUCUCAAGAUGCUUAUUUAUUGUGGUAAACAUACUGGUGUGUUUGUUGAGGAGGAGACCCUUGUAAAAUUAAGUUUAUGCUGUCUCCAGAUGGAGAUUGUGUCCAAAUGGUGCAAAAAGGAAAAACAGACUUUGAGUUAUUUUCCAGUCAUAGGUGUCUAUCCUGAUAAUGCACCUUGGUGUAGGAUGUGUUUACUUGAAAAGGGAGAUUUCCUGAGCUUGCAUGGGGGGCCUUUUAGGUAGGCUUGGAGGAAGUCACGGUUAAGAAGCUGGAAAAAAGGUUGGUUUUGAGGCUUUUUUUCCUUCUUUACACUAAAAGAGGAAUGAAAUAUGUGCUUGACUCAUUGAAGUUGCAAAUAUAUGCAUAAUAAGACUAGUGAAUUAGUUUUAAAACUACUAUUUUUAUUUGUGCAAUGCUAUGAGAACUAAAAUAGCUGCUGUUGCACACUGCCUCCUCUGUAUAGGCUUUGUUUCUGAACUCACCAGCAUUCAGCUCUGGCACAGAUGUGUGAGGGCUGUUCCCCUCCAUGUGUGGCAUCCUUGCAGGUGGAGAGCCAGCCAGCAAAUCUCCUGGAAUUACAGAAACUUCCCUGUCAUUUGCAGAAAUGGGAAGAGAACAUUUUUUGCAUCCAAAUGCCAACCGUAUAUAAUUCCACAUUUGUAUGUGAAAGUAACUGCUGAAAGCAUGAAGUGGCUCUGUUUUAUGUAAAUUCUCUAUCUUGUUGCUUCCUAUGUAAUCCACAGCCUUAAAAUGGCAUUAAUCCAGCUUUGGCAAUGGAUGAAAUACUAUGUACAGUAAGAAUCAGCUCAACUCUAUAAAAAAAAAAUCUUGCUCCACAAGGAAUUCAAGCAUAAAGUUUCAAUUGUUCAUGUGAUGCUGUCAUUAUACUUUUUAGUUUUUUACCAUCACUACCCAUUAGUUAAUUCAGCUUUAUUUGAAGCCUAUUUUAUAGAGGCUAAAUACUUGCUGUGUAGAUAUCUCAUGUGAGUGAGAGUAUAAAGAGAAGUUAGAUGUCAGAUUGCAAUUAAGAAUUCUGGGAUUUAGAGAUUUUGUCUUUCCAUCUGUAGAUUAGCUGCAGUCCCAUUAAGGCUGAAGAAAUAUUCUAAAUUCAAUAACAAAGAAAUAUGUGUUUGCCUUUGCCCUUAAACAUCAGUAAAGGAUUGUAUUUAUUUGCUCAUCUCCAAUAGACAGCAAAUUCCAAGACUAUAUUCCUAUUUAUGGGAUAUAUA